ACUUCUGCUACAGGACUAUUCUGCUUUUAAAGCUUAACUGCUCUUGUUUCAAUGUUACCAGUGUUCAGAAUUAAUUAUAGUAGGCAGUCAUCUGUGAACCAGCUUAAAUAAGCAUCUCUCAAACAUAUGAGACCCCUUUUCUUUUUUUGACAAUUUUAGGUCAUCUAAUCUCUUUCUCAUCCAACAUUGCAUUAACAAGCUUUCAUUAACAAGUUUUUUCUUCCACAUGGUUGAUAUUUCACGAAGGUCAGAUCAAUGAAACAAAAAUAUAGAAGUCCACAUUAAUUUUCCCAGCAUUUUUUACUCUUGAGUGAACUUUUAACAUAGAUUGCGGGGAAGAUGCUGUGCAGCAUAAGCUGUGAAAGUCACCAUUCACCCAUAAUGAUGUACCCAUAGAAUUCUUCAAGUCAAGUAUUUCACACUAUCUGUUAAGCUCCAAAGUCGUGAUUUUAAAUGACUCGCAGGGCAGCGUUCUCAUAAGUGUAACUGUCAGUAUCUGAACAAACAAGGAGAGAGUUCCAGCUACACCUGCUGGAGAAGUAGCAUGUGUUAAAUAUUGUUUAAUGUGUAUUUAGAUCUAAAUGUGGCUCUCCUGCUCAAGUGAAUUUACUGACUAAAUUGACCUCACACCAAAGCCCUUGUUUACCCUUUAUUCUACAUCCCCUUCUAAACAAUCUUGCAGACAAUCAAAGCUCAGCUUUCUUGGAAAGAGAAAUUGCAAUUUUCAGUUUACUUUUGUCCCUGUUCAAAAGUGCAGCUGUUAACACAGCCAUGUCUGUUUUCAGUGACCAGGAAAAAGCCUAGGAAUUCUAUGAAGUGCUUUCAAAUCAGUAGAAUUGUAACUUACUCUGUAUGUGUAAUGGAAUACUUGACAAACUCAAGGAGACGAUGGCUUCUUGUAGUCUCAUACCCUUGCAUAAGGAGACAUUUCUCAAAAUAAGGAUCCCAAUUAGUCAUGUAGUGUUUUUAUGUAGACAGAAUUUUUGGUGCACUAUUGGUACUGAAGAAUUUUGUUACACUACAGAAACAUAGCACAUGUGUGGCCGCAUGUGCACAACCAUUUCUCUGGAGUGAGACUUGCCACAAAGUUACCCAUUCCAGCUAGGAGACAAUAGCAGGCUGCUCCAUAGCUUCCUUCCCCCACUGGAAUUCAGUGAGUAGGACACGUGUGCAGACACGCUUGCCUGAUCAGCUGUUGCUGCAGUGGCAACAGUUGACAGAGCUGCCCACAAGCCACCCACGGGACUUCUCUGCUGUGGAUUUGCAAUUUUUGUGGCAGAUCAGCAUUUUCUUGUAGUGCAACAAAGAGCAUGAAUGAACAAACAGUUGCUUUUUGUUGUGCUAGAACAGCUGAUAUGGUGUGAUAAAAGUAACAUCUGCUGAAGUCCAUCAACAUGUUUUUGUAGUAGUAUAUAAUAUUUUUGCCUUAAAGUGAGGCUUUGGAUGAAAAGACACAGCACAAAUGGUAAUAGGACCUUUGUAGGAACUAGGGGUCAUGGACAGAUGUUAAGUUUCAGGAGCUACAUAGUCGAGGGGACAGACAUGCCUGCCACCUGUAGUGUUAAAAUAUAAAGGAAACAUCACCAAAAUGUUCCUCUGAAACAGGAACUUCUCUGUAGCACUACAUAUGAUGGCCGUAUGGUCCAUUGUAGCAUUUUGGGGGACAAGGAGCAGGCUGGCUGUCAGUUAUUGGAUUCAGUGACAGGCUUCCUUCCCCAUUGGUGGGAGGAAGGGGGAAAGAUAGAGGCACAGGGCCAAGCAACCCCCUGUCACGCUCCCUGGAUGUAGUAGACCAAACUGCCUUGCUACAACUUUUUACCAUUCCACCUGGGGGUUUCCUCACACCUGUUCUCACCAGUAGAGCUACUUUUUCAUUAGUUCUUCACAGUGCUGCUGCACUUGUCUGUCCAUGGCCAAAAAGUUGGUGUAGGCAUCUCUCUUUUAAAUCAAUCUGUUAAAUUUAUUUCAUAUUGAAAAAGGUAUAAGCUAUAUCUGAAUCAGCUGGGUGAGUGUCCUCUAGAGCAGUGGUUCUCAACCUUUUACACACCAGGAAUCAUUAGCAUUGUUAUCAGCUUGCCAUAACCCCCCUGGCCUUGACCUACUCUGCCUGCCUGCCCCCCCCUUCUCCCUCCCUCUCCGGCCCCUGGGGCUGCUCUCACAAUGCUGUGUGCUCACCACACCCUCGGGUGCAUAUGGGCUCCAUGCAGGCUGCCAGUGUUGUAGCCUGCGCAGGAAACCACUCGGAUUCUCUGGGACCUCCCCACACCCCUUUACAGUGUUCUUGCGACCCACUUUCGAGUUGCAACUCAUGGGUUGAGAAACACGGCUCUAGAUAGCUGUUUGAGACAGCAUCCUUCCUGUCCAUCUCAGGAGUUUUGCCCAUUGGAUUUGGUUUUAACAAGCACCACAGAGCAAUGAUUUGUAUACUACCACACUAAAAGAAUAUUCCUCCUGUAUUCCUCACUGGUCAUUAAAACACUUCAUACAACAAGGUAACAAAAGUGGAAUGUCUGUUAUGCUGCUGAGCACAAAGGUGAGCACCUCCCUCUUGUUUCUGGUUUGAAUAAUUAAACUCUACCUUGUGUAUGCCUCAGUUCCCUGUAAAAAAAAAAAAAAAAAAAAAAAAAAAAAAAAAAAAAAUUAAGGCCCUCACUCAUCACUAGGUCAACCUUUUGUCAUUGGUGAUAUCAGGACAGGUGUUUGUUGCCCAUUAUCAGAAUAAGCACAUUUAACAAGUGUCUGCUUUUCAUUGGUUUCAAGCCAGUAUUUAGUCACCGUAGCUGAGCACAUUCAAUUACAGCUCAACUUAGCUGCAGGAGACCAUAUGUUGGUACAACUCUGCAUGCUGUCAGCCAGCAUAAGAGGGAGGAGUGUGACAGAAGGGGAUACAGAGCAAAGCAUCUAAUUCCACAGUAGAUUGUGGGAAAGCAUUUCUCAAAGAAAGGGUGAAAACUGUGGCGUGGCCAUAAUCACUGCCCACUUCCACAUUGGGGCAGCACAGUUGCUUGAUCUCCCUUUGUUUUGUAGGCUUGUGGCACUGCUUUGCUCCUUGGAAGUUGCUCCAGUAAUCAGACAGAGGAACCCUAGCAGUGGAAGAGACUCAACUGUGACCUGCACAGUUGCUGGCAAUAAGGAGGGUCACUUCUGUUGCAUGACUGUAGCUAGGAAGAAAGGACAGAGGGUCUAUCCUCAUUUGUUUACCUUCCAGUUGAACCAUGAACCAUACUUUCUUCCCAUGUUCAAGUACUAAGGAAUUUGGUUCAUUAUUCCUCCAUAUAAAUGUUGCUUGAAGGACUAUAAUACCUGAAGAAUACUGCUUCCAAAACUGUAGUUGGACCUAGCCAUGAAAAAAGCUACUUGGACAGAAGACACUAAUGAUUCGGGACUGGUGGAUGUGCAUGAUUAUCAGUGUAAUGUUCGAAUUUCUGGAGUACAGCCUGGAGCAUCAGCUUCCAAACUUCAGUGAAUGUUGGUGGGAUCACUGGAUAAUGGAUGUGAUCAUAUGCAAUGGCUUAGGAAUUUAUUGUGGCAUGAAGACUUUGUCAUGGCUUUCUUUGAAGACAUAUAAAUGGCAAGGACUUUGGAACAUUCCGACAUAUAAAGGUAAAAUGAAGAGAAUUGUCUUCCAGUUCACUCCGUAUAGCUGGGUCAAAUUUGAGUGGAAGCCAGCAUCAAGCCUGCGCAGAUGGCUAGCAGUUUGUGGCAUCAUUUUCAUAUUUUUAUUGGCAGAGCUGAACACAUUUUACUUGAAGUUUGUCCUGUGGAUGCCACCAGAGCACUACUUGGUCCUCUUGCGACUUGUCUUCUUUGUCAAUGUGGGAGGUGUAGCCAUGAGGGAGAUCUACGAUUUCAUGGACGACCCGAAGUUCUACAAGAAGCUGGGUCAGCAGGCGUGGCUGGUUGCUGCUAUCACGGCCACAGAGUUUCUGAUAGUUGUAAAAUAUGACCCCUACACUCUCACACUGUCACUUCCCUUCUACAUUACUCAGUGCUGGAUCCUUGGAAUCAUACUUGUGCUCACAUGGACAAUGUGGCGCUUUUUCAUUCGUGAUAUCACCAUGCGGUAUAAGGAGAUAAGACGACAAAAGCAAGAACACAGACAUGAAAAGGACAAAUGCUUAAGCAACGGUGAUAGACAUUCUCCAAUACUGGAUGAACAGAGUGGGAAUGAACUGAGAGAAGGAAAACUUUGAACUUGAGCAGUAGGCAAGAGGUAGAAGCUACCUAUCAUGCUCAAGUUGACCUGUUUUGACGCUUUCAGUCUUGUCUUACUUAGUUUGUAACUUUCAUUGUUUUCCAACAUGUGACAACCCUCUUGGAGAAGAUGCCACCUUGACCCCCUUCUCUUAUGUCUAGUCAGUUGGAGAAAGUCUGCAGUAGACCGACAUUGGAACCAACCCUGUUGCAACAAGAAGGGAUCUUUGGUCAAAUGUGUUUUAAGUGUAUAUCUGUGUCUCUUGGAAAACCAAGAAUCUUGGGGGGUGGCUUUUAAACCAAGGGCAAAGGGAAUCCUGUGACCCUGUUUCUGGUAAACCAUGAUAUUUCCGUUUUAACAAUGUUCGGAGCAUUAGGAGCACUCAUCCUAUGGAAUACUUAUACAGGGCAUGGUAAAUAAGUUGCAUUUCUGCUGAAACUUUUGACUGUGGAGUAAAAACUAUGUAAUGUUAGUUUCAUUUGUUAGUUAGCAGGAGUUCAGAGACUGAACUUACCGGAAAAAAAUGUAACUAUAUGACAAGCAUGAGAACAAGUUGCAUAACUUGCACAGAAUAUGAUACAGUCCACUACUGUUACAGCUCCCGCAGUGCUGAGUUGGCUCUGUUUCUCAAAGCUGGCUUAUAUUACUGUGGGGCAACUGAUGACCGUUUUCUAUUACCUCCCAACUCUGAUUAUACAGAAAACUGCUACUCUUAGAUCUUUUUUUAUCCUGGUCAUCUCUCAGCACAGCUUCGUUCUUUAAACUUCAGUUAACCUGCAUUUCAUUAGCCUGAUGGAGUAAAAACAAGCUGAAAACUGGUACUUACUCUUCCUCAAGGUAUUCAGUUAUUUUAUUUGCCUUAUUCUUAAACAUGAGUUUUCUUCACUUGUUUUGCAAGGCAGGUUAAGUUCUAAACUGUUUCAUUCCUUCCCAAGUAAGCUUCAAACUUACAGCAACCCUAAGCAAACUGGAAAAGAUCUGCCUUUGCACAAUAAGCUUGGUAACAUUUAGGUUCCCUGAGUGGGCCUGACUUGAUCACUCAUGCUCUGUCACUUUGUCGUGUAUCAUGAGAAAGAACCUCAUACCUGGUUAUCUGGCAUUCUUGCCAAUAACUGAGCAUCUUGGAACAAAAUGGGAUACCUGUGGCUCAUUUGCAGGGUUACUCUUCCCAAACAUAGUUGUAACCCAUUGCCCUAACAUCAGUGGUUCCUAAGGUAAGGAUUGUGAUUACAGAUAAGGUAAUGGCACUUAAGUGCCACUGGCCAGCCCUAUAGUUCUUGUUAUAGCAGUCAAGCUCAGAUUAGAAGUGGGGUCACAGCUGAAGAAGAUUGAGAGCAGCUGCUCUAGAUCAUCCAGCUGGCCCCUAACAUAACUAAUUUUACUUGAACCAUAUAACAGACUAACUUGACUUGAGAGACAGAGACACAUUUUUCCUGAAAUAUAUCAAAUUAAUCUGGCUCUUAAACACCACUUGAGGCACUACUUUUUCUGAGUAGUGUUCUGUCCAGCAAAAAAUAAAUAUGGAACCAAUAAAACCUAAAGAUUGAAAGAACUGUAGCCUGACUUUCAAAAGUAGCAGGAGACUCAUGCCAAAGCUGCUGCCUGCAGCAAAUCUGCACACACAUCUGAGUCAUUUUGGUCUCAUACUUGAAUAGCACACUGUCCACACUUCUCCCAUGUUUACAGAGCACUGAAAUAUUUUCUAAUCCAAAACAAUGGGUCCUGGCAAACAUGAUGGGAUUUAACUUAAAAUUUUAAUGUAGGAAUACAUUGAAUGUGCUCAACAAAUGAAGCAAGGGUUCAGAGCCAGGGAGGCAGAAAUGGUGGAGGCUGUCUUUCCUGCUGACCAGUAGAGGGAGAGGAGGUUGAUCUGUAUGAAAGGUCACGUGAGGCUUCUUCCUCGAGUGUGCAGACUGCACUAUUUAUAGUUCUCAAAUGGCUGCUGUUAAAACCUUGGGAUUUAUCUGCUGUAAUUUAAUGGAGAAUGUUAUGAUUGUAUAACUAGAUGUUAACAAAUUCUUAAGAAAUGGGCAGAUGCUGAGUUGAGCUGGUCACUUAUUUCAUAGCCCUUUUCUACUCUUGAGUAACUUUUAAACUUGUUCAGAUUUAUUCAUACCAGUCUUAUGAACUCUUGACUGUUUUGGUAGGUGAUACUUAGUGUACACGUCUUUGUGAGGUCCCAACUGAGCCAGGAUCACGUAAAUACAUUUCCAUUUAUGGGUUGUUCGAGGUAACCAGUCCAUCUUUUUUUUUAUUAUUAUUAUUUUACUUGCGGGAGGGGAGGGCUAAAAAUGUCCACAUCUGUAUCAUAAUUCUGAUGGUAAAAGUAGAAUUCCACCUCCUCCUCCCUGAGGACUCAUUUGUGUAAAAUUUGAGGCUUUUGUGGAAAAUACCAAUUUUCUAAUAAUUCUGAAACUGACCUACUGUGCAAAGCACUAAUUUGUGUCCAUCUACACCCAUUUAAACAAGAGUUUACAAUUAACCUGGAUAACUGAACAAAUGUAAUAAAACAACAAAUGUUUGCUGGUGUGUUCUUUGGUACAA